AUGAUCGCGCUCACCCUGCUCACCAUAGCCUCCGCAGGCUCCCUCGUUCUCGCUGUCCCUACCAAAACCACUCGCUCCCCCGGCCCCAUCACCCUGCCUAUGGUCACCAGCGGCAACGCGACCGCUUCGUACUGGCACGAUCUCCUAUACAGCGACAACGAGACCGCCGACGGAUCCAUCACGCUCACCAAGCGAGCGGGGACGACCAGUCGAGUCACGUACAAGGCGGAUUCGGGAGCCUACUUUUACGCCGUGCCUAUCACCAUCGGAGCGGGUAAGACUGGGUCGGUGGAUACUGUCACCCAAAUUGAUACGGGGUCUUCUGAUCUUUGGUCGACCGACUACAAGGGAGCGACGGGUACGAAUCCCGGUGCUACUGGAGGUUUCCAGAUCACCUAUGGCUCGGGUGGAGGAGCCCAGGGUACUAGCUACACUGAUUCGAUCACGAUGGGCGGCCUGACUGCUACCGGCGAGCGAGUUGCCGCUGCUACUUCGGGCCAAGGCAACCGUGGAACGUCAGGUAUCAUGGGCAUGUCGUGGAUCGCCAAUAGCGUGCAGCAGUCGGUUCCAUUUGUCCAACAACUCUUCAACCAGGGCCAAAUCCCAGCUCAGCGUUUCGGAUCCGUCAUGUCUCUAGACGGCAAGGGGCCUGAGCUCUUCCUCGGCGGUGUCGACACCUCCCGGCUCUACAGUACCCUCACGGCCGCUACUCUCACCUACCAGGCAUACUGGACCAUCCCCUUUGACGGGAUCAAGGUGGGCGCCACGACUCUUGCGGGAGGCGACGCUAUCAUUGACACUGGCUCCGUGUUCAUCUCUGGACCUACCAACCUCGUCCAAAAGAUUUACGACAACAUCCCCGGAGCUAUGCUCGAGUCGAAGUAUCUCCAAGCACAGGGCAUGUCUCUCACGCAGGACCAGAUCAACCGUCUGAGCUCAUCUUGGGUCCUGCCGUGCGGCCCCAAACUGAACCAGAAGCUGGGUACACGCGUCUCCAACCCUUCCUUCAUCAUCUCCGGCCGCUCCUUCGUCGUGCCCUACGUCUCCCUAGUAGGCGUCCCCUACUUCCGCUAUGUUGUCAACGCCGAUCGGACCGCGUACAUGCCCCCCUUGAACGGUCAAUACUACUGCGAGAGUCUCCUCAUCGGAAACGGCGCAUUCGCCAAUACCGCCCAGGACUCGAACUGGAACUUUGGCGUUCCGUUCCAGUACCACCUGUAUGCGGACUACGACUAUAGUGGUGCGGGAGGUAAGGGGACCGUCAGCUUUGACUACAGUAUCUAG